ACGCACGCGAGCCUUCGAACAGCCUGGCAGGAUUGGCGGCUGCUGCCUGGUGGGCACGAAAAACGGGCAAGAUGCGGAGAAGAAAACUCGGGCAGGGACGUUGAAGAAAGAAGAUUGUGUACCAGCACGGCGUGGUCCAUCGCAUAUGGCCAAAAAUGCGGUGGAAGUGCUGCGUGCGUCAGCAGAGCACGCAUCUUCUCCUGCAGUGUUCUGUUCAUCCUUUCUGCUACCCCCAUCUAUUGAUGUGCAUGCGGCAGGAACUGCUUCCGUUUGAUGCCGAGUGUCUGAAGGUAGUCUGUGAAAGUGUUGCUGGUGUAUUCCCCUGCACCAUCACUCUGAAAUUCUUGCAGUUUCGCGCCAGACUCACGUUCAGCGACAGCGAGCCAUGCAACGAAGACGGAGUGAGCAAGAUGGCGCGCAGGUAAGUUAGCUGUCCAGACAUAUCGUGUAGACGCUUCGAUGAAUGUUAUCACAUACUUCUCGUCUUUAGGGCCUGCUUCAGACAAGUUGAGUAUGUCGCUGUAGACUUUCUGCAUCAGUUGAUAACGCGUUGAGCCGGGAAAAUGACUUGGAAACGGAUCGUGCGUAAGGUAAAAUUCAGAGUUAGUAUAAAAGGAAGAAAGGAUGAAAGGAGAAAGAGCUGGUGACUUGUCAAUCUCUCCUUCGACGAAACGGGUAAGAGGUGUUUCGGCGACAGCUACGGUUGGACUCGGCUGCUCAGCUACGGCUUCCUGUUCGGCUUCUUCAACAACGUCAGGUUCAUCAGCGGCAAGACCACUGAUUUCUCCCCAAAGUGGUGCUGGUGUUCCUUGGAAGGCUGCACGGGUAUUAUAAAACGUUCGCCACGCGGUGGCGCUUUCAUCGGCGGUAUUGAACUCCCAGGUAUCCAACGUGGGACCAAGUGCAAGCACGUGUUCAGAAUCUCCAGAAGUUCCCUGUGCUGCGAACUGAAGAACUGACACGCCAUGUUGAGUGGCGGCACGACCAAGGAGCUGAGCCGUGGAAAGAAGGUUGAAGCCAAGUCCGGCAACGAUAAGAACAUUCGUAACAUGAAGUAUCGGACGACGAAGUGGACGCUGAUUUGUGAUAAAGCUUGUUUCGACAGAACACAUAUGCCAUCCGCAGCAGCUGUCGAGAUACCAGAUGCGAAGACCGGCGGACGAUGCUGCGACGUAGAUGGAUUUGGUGGCGGUUUCGGUAUCUGCUGCUGCUGAGACGUUAACUGCUGCUGUGGCAGUUGUGUCUUCGGUAACUGCUACGAUCGUUGAUACGGCUGCGAAGUAUUGCGACGAUUUUGAUGACGGCUGCGACAGUUUUGGUCAAGAUCUUGCUGCUCUGCUUGAAGAUAAGAAGAAAUUUUAGCUUCGGAGAGGUUGGGAUUCAUGCGCAGGAAGGCGCGCGUCUGUCGCCAUUCGGGUCCAAGGCCAGCCAAAAGGACUGUGAGAUACAUCUCACGAGGGAAGUAUCCUCCGCUUUUCUCCAGUUGGUCACGUAAUGUACGGACGCGAUUAACGUAGUCCAUGACGUUUUCAUUUGUCAUCAUCUGCACACUUGUCAGCUGCGAAAGUAUUUUACUCACUGUUAUCGUAUCUUUUGCCAUGUAUACCCCUUUCAGAUGGUUCCAUGCAGUUUCGGCUGGUGUAAAACUUGAGUGAAAUGAUCGAACGCCGAGCUGCUCCUUCGGCGACAAGUUCCGUACAAGAACUGUAUACGCCCCGAGAGAGGCAUGGGAACGACCGAAGAUAUAAAAAGGAUGCUGAAACUGCUGCGACUGUGGCUGCUGUACGAAAGGUGCAGUCGAUGGAGCAUCUGGAGUAUUCACAGAAGGCGGAUUCUGCUGUUGCGUACCGAUAUUAGCGUAGGCUGGUGGAAAAUGCCCAGAGGCUGAGAGACCAGCGGCCGUAGUGGAGGCAUAUGCUCCAGUAGUCCCAGUAACUGAUCCGGCAGAUGGUGCUGGUGAUGAACCAGUCAUAGUUGACGGUAGUCUUAAUUCCAGAUAGCUCUCAUACCAUGAAAUAAAUCGUCUGAUGUUGUAGUAGACUAAGUAUAAAACUAUAAACAAGAA